AUGGGAUUUUUGUCAGAAAUGAAGGUUACUUGUCUCACUGUGACCUUCCUCCUCGCAGAGGUGCGGCUGGUGAAUGGGUGGAGCCGGGCCCAGGGGCGCGUGGAGAUCCUCUACAAUGGCUCCUGGGGGACGGUGUGUGAUGACGACUGGGACCUGGUGGACGCCAACGUGGUGUGUCGCCAGCUCGGCUGCGGCCACGCCAUCGCCAUGCCGGCCACCCUGACCUUCGGCCACGGCCGGGGGCCCAUUUUCCUGGACAACGUGGACUGCAAAGGGAGGGAGGUGGCCCUGAGUGAGUGCGGGAGCCGCGGCUGGGGCAUCCACAACUGUUACCACUACGAGGAUGUGGCCGUCACCUGUAACGAGCUCUCCCCCACCCGAGCAAGCAAAGGAUAUCACCAGCCGCAGGGAAAGGAGCAGAAAUGGGGCAGCUCCUCUGGCAUGGCUGCACUGCCGCCCAGCGACGGCAGCAUCCGGCUGGUGAGCGGCGCAGACCCCUGCCGGGGCCGGGUGGAGAUAUUCUACCAGGGGACCUGGGGCACGGUGUGCGAUGACGACUGGGGCCUGAGCGACGCCAGCGUGGUGUGCCGGCAGACGGGCUGCGGCCAGGCCCUGGAGCACAAGAGCAAUGCCUACUUCGGCUACGGCACGGGGCGCAUCCUGCUGGACAACGUGAACUGCGAGGGCAGCGAGUCCCGCCUGGCGGCCUGCUACAGCCUUGGCUGGGGCAUCCACAACUGCGGGCACCACGAGGACGCUGGGGUCGUCUGCACAGGGCUGCGGGUUUCAACGCUCACACCGUUCACCACCUCAGCCGGCUGGGACUACGGAGACUCGCUCACUGACACUGCCACAGUCACAGAAGGCAGAGCUCAGCCCUCGCCGGAGACGGAAGUGAGCACGGUGGCCCUCGUGGCGGCGGGCAAGAGAAGUGGCAGCGUCAGGCUGGUGAACGGCAAUAGCAGCUGCCAGGGCCGGGUGGAGGUUCGGUACCAGGGCACCUGGGGCACGGUGUGUGACGACGACUGGGAUUUCCCCAACGCCCAGGUGGUCUGCCGGCAGAUGGGCUGUGGGGCGGCGGUGGCGGCCACCAUCCUGGGCUAUUUCGGUUACGGCACUGGGCCCGUCCUGCUGGACAAUGUGGAUUGUGCCGGCCGGGAGGCCGACCUGGCGAACUGCUUUCACCUGGGCUGGGGUCAGCACAACUGCGGGCACCACGAGGAUGCCGGCGUCAUCUGCAGAGGUGCAGGUGAGUCUGGAGACCAUGCUGGAGAAGAUGCUUUUGCAACCACAACCUCAGCCACAACUCGGCCCAAGGAUGGCUUCCUGCGCCUGGUGAAUGGUAGCCACCGCUGCGAGGGCCGCGUGGAGCUGUUCUACCUGUCCCAGUGGGGGACGGUGUGUGAUGAUGCCUGGGACCUGCGGGACGUCAAGGUGGUGUGCCGGCAGCUGGGCUGCGGGGGCGCCCGGGCUGCCUGGGGGGAGGCGCGCUACGGCCAAGGCACCGGCUACAUCUUCCUCGACAACCUCAAGUGCAAAGGGGACGAGCCCUCCCUGCUGCGCUGCUCCCACAUCCGCUGGAACGUGCACAACUGUGACCACUCGGAAGACGCCGGCGCCCUCUGCGGGCUGCUAUGACCGGCUGUGCCCUCGGCCGCCCAGCGGAGCGCGGACGGACGCUGGCCCAAGCCGCAGGAGUCCCAGGUGCUGGCGGCACGCAGCACGGUGCAGGCAGGCUUCUGGUGUGUCCUGGGCGCUGACGUCGGGGGAGCCGAACGCCCGCAUGACCUGCACAUUGCUGCCU